CGGCCUGAGAGCGGGACCAUGGAUGAAAGGUUCAACAAGUGGCUGCUGACGCCGGUGCUCACUCUUCUCUUCGUGGUCAUCAUGUACCAGUACGUGUCCCCCUCCUGCACCAGCUCCUGCGCCAACUUCGGGGAGCAGCCCCGCGCCGGGGAGGCCGGCCAGCCUGCCGCCCCGGGUCCCGCCCGCCCGGCACAGGCGCCGCUCGAGGACUGGGAGCGACGGCCCCAGCUGCCCCCGCCACCCCGGGGGCCGCCCGAGGGGCCUCGGGGGGCCGCGGCGCCGGAGGACGAGGACGAGGAGCUGGGGGACCCGGAGGAGGACGAGGCAGAGGAGGAGGAAGAAGAGCCGGACCCCGAGGCCCCGGAGAACGGGUCACUGCCCCGGUUCGUGACGCGCUUCAACUUCACCCUGAAGGACCUGACCCGCUUCGUGGAUUUCAACAUCAAGGGGCGCGACGUGAUCGUGUUCCUGCACAUCCAGAAGACCGGGGGCACCACGUUCGGGCGGCACCUGGUGAAGAACAUCCGGCUGGAGCAGCCGUGCAGCUGCAAAGCCGGCCAGAAGAAGUGCACCUGCCACCGGCCCGGCAAGAAGGAGACGUGGCUCUUCUCCCGCUUCUCCACCGGCUGGAGCUGCGGGCUGCACGCCGACUGGACGGAGCUCACCAACUGUGUGCCGGCCAUCAUGGAGAAGAAAGACUGUCCCCGCAACCACAGCCAUACCAGGAAUUUCUAUUACAUCACCAUGUUGCGGGAUCCGGUGUCCCGGUACCUGAGCGAGUGGAAACACGUCCAGAGAGGGGCCACGUGGAAAACCUCCCUCCACGUGUGCGAUGGGAGGAGCCCCACCCCCGAUGAGCUGCCUACCUGCUACCCCGGGGACGACUGGUCUGGGGUCAGCCUACGGGAAUUCAUGGAUUGCACCUACAACCUGGCUAACAACCGCCAGGUGCGCAUGCUGGCCGACCUCAGCCUGGUGGGCUGCUACAACUUGACUUUCAUGAAUGAGAGCGAGAGGAACGCCAUCCUGCUGCAGAGCGCCAAGAGCAACCUGAAGAACAUGGCUUUCUUCGGGCUCACGGAGUUCCAGCGGAAGACGCAAUUUCUCUUUGAGAGGACAUUCAACCUCAAGUUCAUCUCCCCCUUCACGCAGUUCAACGUCACGCGGGCUUCCAACGUGGAGAUCAACGAGGGUGCCCGCCAGCGCAUCGAGGAGCUCAACUUCCUGGACGUGCAGCUGUACGCGUACGCGAAGGAUCUCUUCCAGCAGCGCUACCACCGUACCAAGCAGCUGGAGCGCCAGAGGGACCGGCAAAAGAGGCGCGGGGAGCGGAGGCUGCAGCGGGAGCACAGGGGCCGCCGGUGGCCCAGACAGGACGGGAACCCAGAGGGGGCAGUCACGGAGGACUACAACAGCCAGGUGGUGAGAUGGUGACCCCCCUGCCCUCCCCUCCUCUCCACAGGAGGGGGAGCAUUAACCGGGGCACUGCCCUACCUUGGAGAAUGUGGGACCAUGCUGAGGACGUCUGGCUGGCUGUAGGUGGCUUGACUGGGGCCCCUGCUUCCUCUUUGUCUUCACCUUUAUCCAGCUGGAGAUGAUCCGUCUUCUUCUUUUUCUCCUGACAUUUUUCAGUCUGUGAUAUUAAGUAGGGUAGGAAUGCAUCCAAUAAUAGACCGCUUUAGAAGGUCAAGGGGAGAAGCACCAAAAGGGAAAGAGUCCUUGGGAUCUUUUUUUUUUUUUUUGCGGCGGCGGCAUAGGUUAUAGUUUGGGCAACUGGAACCCACCAAGGCACACGUGAAAAGCCAAAUUAUGGCUUGGGUGUUCUGCUGAAACUGAUCUGUUCAUACUGCCUCUUUAAUGGAAACACUGCUGUUUAAAGAGAGAGGAAGAGAAGGCUUUUUCAGCCUUUAGAUGAGGUUUAACGCCAACUCUCUCUUGGCACUUGGCUGUCAUCUUUGGACUCUAUUUGAAUGUGGGUUAAAUCACAAGUAGUGUAAACAUGUUUUGUUGUUACAGUUGUUUUUCAACAAGAUUACCCUGCUACUGACCAUCACUGGAGACUCACAUCCCCUGCAUCUUAGCCCUGAGCCAUGCUUCCUUCCCCAUCUUUUAAGGGAAGGCUAGUAGAUUCAGGACAGGCAUGCCUCAGAGAAAUGAACACUGGUAGGGGCAUUCGGGAGAAAACGUGCUUAUUAACGAAUGCCUACGGAGAUCACCAUUUACCAAUUUUUAUUUUUAGCGUAAGGAAUGAAUGAUAAAUUAACGGGGGCAGGGAAAGCAGGAGGAUAACUACAUGUCUAGCAUUUCCAAUCUGGCUACAGAGCCUUAGUUUUCUAAGGACUCUUUCAGAGUUUUACCUCUGUGGAGCAGUCAUCUUCUUCGGUACAGGACCACCACGUUUGAAACACUGCUGUCACAGAGGAAAAGACGUUUAAAAAGAAUUUGGCCUGAAGAAUAGGAACUCAGCUAGCAUGUAUACAAAAUAUAGUCAAGGUCACUAAAUUAAAAAAUAACUGAUUUAGGCCACGAGACAUGGAACACAGUGGAGUGGUUAUCCCAGGAGUUUAGAAAGACUCUACCUCCCGAUAGCUCGAAUAUCUCUGGCCUGAUAACACUUUCUCCUCACAUGAUCUCUGUUGUGAGAGUGUGGCUACAACAGGACCAAAAAAUGUGCUGCAUUGCUAAGCGCUUCUUACUCUCACCUUUUCCCAAUCGCAACUAUAAUAACACAAAAUUUUCGAGUAAUAAGGGGAGGCCUAUGGCAGAGGGAAUAGAAAAUCCUUGCCCAGCGUUUAGUAGGAGAUCAGAGUGAGCAGAAAGUUUCACAACAGAUUGAUCUGAUCAAUCCCUUCAAGGAGCUGAAGGCAAAAUGAGUGAAACCCCUAAAUGAGAUUGAAAAGCCUAUUUCAUUGAUAUCUAACAUGUUUGAUGUUUAAGCCAGCUUUACAUAAGCCUCGUCUCAGCCUCCAGAAUACUCUCUCUGGGGUUGGGAGUUAAUCAACUCACAAGCGUUCAUGGAGUGCUCGCCUGCACAGAGGGGAACCCAGUGUCUCCAUCAAAGAGAGAUCUGGAGAAGAGGCUUAGCUACUUCUUACACGGGCCUUGGCUUCAUCUGUCUUGGGGGGAAAGGCAUCCCUGGGGCCUCCCUUGUGCCAGAAACUUUGGGAGACCCUUUUUAUACCUCAGAUCUAGUCACAAGAAGGUAGAUCGUAUUAGUCCCAGUUAGACGAGGAAAGUGAGACCACGGACAAUAAAUAGCUUCCAAGCGUUGUGAGCUAGGUCUGGCAGACUGCAAAGGGCAAGCUCUUUUUUUUCUCCAUCGUGUUUUCCAUAUGGGAUAAAAGCUUCCUGCCCAUCAUGCUAGAAGCCACCUGUUAUUGCCCAGUAGGGUUUGUCUCUAACCCAUGUGAGUGUGACAGCACCAAGCCAGCAGGGACCCAGAGCCAUGUUGCCUUGGGUGAGUCCAGCCCCUUCCAAAUCACUGACCCAUCAAGGAGCUGAGACACUGAUGACGUUAUAGGCAAUUGUACUUUUUGAGCCAUAGUUGGGGUGAGAUAAAGGGGCCGAGUAACUAUCGCUUGUUAGUUGGUAGAGAUGAGGCUCACAAAAUAUUAGUGUUUCCCAUCCUGAUGACUUGUUCCUGAGGUAGUGGGGGAAGGAGGAUUGCAGCUGGGAUUCACGAGCAGCUUUUUCUCUGUCUUCCCAUUUGGAUGCUAGGAUCUAAUGCUGCUUAGAAAUGGCAGGGCUGCAGACAGUUCUGACUGUCGGUGUGAAACAGACACACGAAUACACACACGUGCAUACACACACGCACAGUAACAAUCCAGUGUUUUGUCAUGUGGAAAAUCAAAACAAGUUAGAAAGCGUUUAGAUUGUUUCCUUUCAACUCACUUUACAUUUUUGGCAGGGAAUUCAUGCAUAGCUGAGACUUGGCGGCAGCCUCUGCUAACUUCACGCUGUUCCUUAGGCACCUCGGGAUUUAUAUCAAAAGGCUUUCCUCGGCCUUGAUGCUGAAGGUGUGAUGUAUGGGGCUGCACUGGAGACCCGAUAUCAGGAUGUUCAGAGGAGAAACCAUCUCUUGGUAUUGGCCCGAGGCCAGUGCUGAGCAAAUUAAAAAGACAGACACGAGCUUCCUCCCUCGUAUCAUUUCAUUCUAAAACAGCAUACUUAUCCUCUCCCUGGUGUCCUAUGUUGAUAGAAAUGAAGAGGUGGGGACGCAGUUUGUUCUCUGAAAGUCAGCUGCACACCUACAUGCCAAGUGAUGCUCAGCUCAGGGAAGGGAUGUCAGUCAGCAGGAGGCCUCUGGGCCUAAGGAUCCAUGGGAAGCCAGCAGCCUUAAGACCCCAAACCAAAGCAAUUCCAGAUACAUUCGUGUUAAAAGCCAAGAAGAGGCAAUCAAUCAAUCAAUCAAUAAUCCCUAAGUUCCGUGUCCUACCAGCUCCUACAAUUCCCAGAUAGACCUUCCUUUCCUUCUCUGGCAAUGGCAACUCCAGUAACCACACUGGGAUAAGAUGUCUGUGUGUGUGUGUGUUUAAAUUAUUAUUAAGGUCUGAGGUACAUACUAUAUAUUCUGUCUCCUUUUAACUUUUUGGCAACCUACUUCUGACAAAUAGAGAAAACCUGCCCUGAGAAUUAUUUGAAUGCUCUUUCUAAUAAUUGCUAACAUUAGCAAUCAGUGUUAGGCAACAGUUAAGGUUAUCACGUAUGUUAUUAAAAAUUAUAAAAAUCUGUUCCUUAUCCCCUAAAGGAGGUAACUGUGUCAGAAAUGGUUUGAUCAAGGGUUUGAAAUAUAAGGACUUGUUCAAAAGUCUGACUGGAGGUCAUAUGAAUAUGGGGGAGAAGAUCUACCAGAUAGACCUAGCAAGGAGGUCAGCAAAGAUCAUUAAAAAAUAAAUACAAGUCCAUUAAGUAGGAUUCCUACUUGGCUGCUUUAACAGAGAAACUCAAAAUAAUAGUGACUUCAAAAGAUUGAAGCAAUUGCUUGCUUUAAAGACAAACUGGUCUCGUGUGUGAUCUUACCAGAAUCCUAGGCCCUCUCAUACUACUGUACAGCUUCCAGCUCAAGGUCCGACAUGGCUACUGCAGUUCCUGCCAUCUCAAUUUUAUUUAAGACAGCCGAGAGGAAGUGGAGAGAAGUUGUACAUAUCAGUUCCAGUCACAUCUCGUUGGCUAGCCAUUAGAUACAUCUAGCUGCAAAGAAGGCCAGGAAAUGUCAUCAUUAUUGGUUGCGAUGUGCCUUGAUACAUAUAAGGGUUCUGUUAUUAAAGAAACAAUGUGAAAAUUAAUACUGAUCAAAGCUAUCAGUCUCUGACACAAAAGGAAAUUGAAAAAUAUUUCAAGUGCUUUUCAAUGUCAUCUAUUUCGUCAUCUAUUUUGCAAAGGCUAAGAUUGAAAUUUGUAACUUUGUAUAGUAUUUAAUGCUUUUCAAAACAUUUCUACAUCUAGUAUCUCAUUUGAUCUUUACUACAUUCUUGCAUGUAAAAUAGGACCUCUAUUCAUUAAUCCCAUUCAACAGUUUGACGUGGAGAUUCAGGGAUGAUGAACGAUUUCCUAAAGCGUCUAGCUUACUAACAAGACAGGUGCUCAGAGCCCCAGUCUUCUGACUUCAUAUUUUCUACUACUUUAUGCUCAUCAUCAGUAUUGGGAUCGAGAAUAGCAAGAAUAUGAAAUCUAAAUCUUUAUUGAUUUAUAUCUUCUCUUACCUUCUCAUGGAGCUGCAGCGACUUAGAAAGUGCCAAGGAGGGGGGUAGAGUUGGCUCUCAACCCCCUGCCUCCAUGGAGAGACCCUCUUAUUAGGAGUGAAAUGUCCAAGAGAUGGACAGUGUUGCAGGGAGAUCUCGAAGCACGACCACUCAAGCACCUGCAGCCUGAGUAGAGAAGCUUCAUGGGAGAUCAAUAGAACUCCUGCUCAAAAAAUCUCCCUUCUUCUCUACUUCUUCCCCAGGUCCGUGGAAUUUUAUCAGCAACAUACUGUUUGGGUUCUUGAUUUUAUUUGGUGUUAAAUGAGUCCCUUUGCACAUUUGCCCGGGAAAGGAAACGCUUUAAGUCGUCAUGAGCUAACAUCUUCGCACAGAGGUUUCAUCUGAUUCCUCUCCAUCCCUGACCUCUAGCUGAGAAGCAGCGCCCGUAGGAUGGGAUCAUGCAGAGGUGGGGUUUGGGAGAGUAGGGGUAACUGUGGAGGAAAAUAGGCCUUCUAAAAGGGGGCAGGUCUUUCAAAGGUGGAAAGAUGAGGAAUUAAGUAAGUGCCAGGGAAUAUGGAAACACAGAAAAGUAACUUAAUGUAGUUUCUAUCCUCAGGGUCAAGGGCAGUCUGGAGCCAUGUGGACUGAUUCUUUUGGCCACUGAAAACAGCAGGAAAAGGCAUGAGGCUCGUGAGACAGGAUCAGAGCAUUGCGGUGGUUUUAGGGACUGAACUGGAGUUGGAGCAAAGAGAAAGCUGGGUCAGACUUAGGCAGAGCACUGUGAUCUGAUCACAGCUGUGUCUCUAAGGUUUUUCUUUUCCAUAGUUACUAUACGUCCACUGGUCAGCAGAGCUCCAGCUGAGUCUGCAGGUGGGUAUUGGGGCUGGCUGAGUCUGAUGACUCUACCCAAUAGUGCCACCUCUGGGAAGCAUGCAACGGUUCUUUCUCCAAAGCACUUCCGGCUUUUCUUCUAACCCCCUCCCUCCAUCGCUACUGGACGUAAGCCUGCUUUCCCUCACCACAUUCAGCUGGACGCAUCUGAACGAACUCCAUAAAACUUUGAAUUAGCCCUUCUGGGCAAGUGGGCGGGUUCUGAGACCUGUGUGUUUUGUAGCCAGAAUGCACAUGGACCCAUCUUCACAACACAUCUACAGAACCAACCUACCCUGGAGAGGUGCUGAGAUUUCCUGAGGACUGGCCUCGCUAUGAACACCAGCAACAUCUGCAAGACAAAAGCCCCUGAACUUCCAAGCCAGGACUCGAGGUCAUCUAACAAAACUAUGGAUCUGAGAACACAGAAGCACAGAUGUUUCUUGAGCCUGUGUUCUGAGUCGUUUAUGGACGAGACUGCAACUGUCAUCCUUUGGCACAUUAAGUGGAACCUCUGUGGGUUACACGUUCUGUUGCACUGCGGGAAUUCAUCAAAGGGCCAGAUGUCAGUGCUGAAAAGCUUCAGUUCUUGCUGGGGAAAACUGUCUGAGGGAGCAGAAUGUGUAUGAUUUAGUCAUUGGCACAUUUGUCUUCCACCAACUUGUCAUUUUUUUUUUAUCAUGUGGCCAUAUUUUCUUUUCCUUCCUCCUGCCCAUCUCCCUCCCCAGAAGUACUUUCUGGGUUUUGCUUGCAUUAUUUUUCAUUUAACGUAUCCAAAAUGAAAAAGCAUCUGGAAAGAAGCAUCUGGACUUUUAUCUGGUGCCCCAUUUUAGACGUAAAGAUAGUUAUCCAAUAGAUAGUAAAUGAUUUCUCCUAAGAGAUAUUUCUUUUUGUUUCUGUGCCAUAAUAUGUAUGAACUUGGGUACUCAGAGAUUGUAUUGUGACAUUAUCAACCUUUAUUGCUGUUUAAAGAUGAUAGUUUGUAGAACUGAGGAUUCCCAUUGAUGUGAAGCACAAUUUAAUGAAUAAGUUAAUGUAUUAAACUGUUGUGAUGU